AUGUUGGCCAUCCAAACCCUCACCAUGGCCGCCCUUCUUUCGUCCGUCUCAGCCUUUGACCUCCCGGUGACCAUGCCGCCCUCGUUGACGGGUACCAAGCUGUACCCCCGCGCGUUCUCAGUGGGCUCAUUUAUCCCGGGGCAGCUCUCGGCCGGCGAACAUACUGCCGGCCAAUUUUCCGCUGGCACCGCACAGGCUUCGGCCGGCUGCGGCCUGGACUCCAACGUCUGGGGCCAAAUCUCGCCGACCUCCGCCUCCGGCUUUGCCAACCUCUGUCUGCAGUGCCGGGUCAACGUCUUCGGCGUCGACAUCGUCUCGUUCAACUUCUACAAUGCCCUUGCCGCUAGUAUCAGUGCCCAUGGUGUCUCCGCCAGUCAGUGUUCGGUUUUGCAAGCCGCGAUAGAGGGUGACCUCCUCAAACUUUCGGCCGGGGCAAAGACCAGCGCUGCUUGCACGGCAGCCUGUGCCGGAGACCAACGAUGCGACUCUUGCAGCUUUGUCAACGGGAGCUGCCAAAUUAAGGCUGUCGACUACCUCAAACAAAACCAUGCCGGAGCGCCUCUUGCGCAAGCGUUCCAGGGACUGUUCUCGAACGGGGGAUCUGGAUACUGUUCGAUCUGCCCCGCCGACCGGAGCUGUUCCGGCCCGAAACCAAGUGGUCUCCCCCGACGAAGCUUGGCCGCCACUGACGCAUCGGCCAACGAGAAGUGUCCCGCCGGGUUGUCCGCCUGUCCCAUUUCCUCCGGUAUGCCCCUCAAGCCCACCGCCGGCUUCGAGUGUCUCGACGUCCAGCAAGAAGUCAGCUCCUGUGGUGGAUGUGCCUCGACUGGCCAGGGGAUCGACUGUGCAACAAUCAAGGGUGUCUCUUCUGCCGGGUGCUCUGAGGGCAAGUGCAAGAUUUUCUCUUGCAAGGCCGGAUACCAGUAUUCCUCCGUUCACAACGUUUGCUACAAGAGUCACCGUUCGACAAAGAUGUCUUUAUCUUCCCGCUAG